UAACUUAUGAAGUGACCGGCGUUAGCGUCUCACCGGUGGAGGAGCCUCGGUGCCGCGCGGGGCUGCACGAGCCGGACUCAGUUGGAAGCUGGCAGGCGUAGGGGGAGCUAGCGAGCAUGGAUGAGCCGGGCAGCAGGAACAGCAGCCUGCAGAGGAAAAAGCCGCCAUGGCUCAAACUGGACAUCCCAACCAUCCAGCUGACGCCAGACGACACGCCCACACUCCCCAAGCCGGUAAAGCGCCUUCGCAGUGUCAGCAUGCCAGGAGAAAACCCCCAGACCUGCAUCGCUGCCUUGGAAACCUCCAACAACUACCUCAGACCUCCUCAACUGGAGAGAUUGCCCUCCUUCACACAAUCCAUUAAGAGGGGUACGGCUGACUGGUUCGGGGUGAGCAAAGACAGCGACAGCACGCAGCGAUGGAGGAGGAAGAGCCUGCAGCACUGCAGCCAUCUGUACGGGGGUCUGAAGCCGCAGGUGAUGAGGGAGAUGGAGCUACACAGCCAGGACAACCUCUCCCUGGCCAGCACUGAGACCCCUCCUCCCCUUUACCUCCCACCCCACCACCCCACUCACCACCACUAUGGCAUGCAGAGGAUCGUAGACCCCCUGGCCCGGGGUCGUGCCUUCCGCAUGGUGGAAGAGGUUGACGGCUUCAGUGUCCCGCAAACUCCCAUCACGCCCGGCACCGCCUCCCUCUGCUCCUUUUCCAGCUCCCGCUCCGCCCUCAACCGGUUGCCGCGGCGUCGCAAACGGGAGUCUGUGGCAGUCAUGAGUCUCAAGGCUGCAGCAGCACUAAUGAAGGGCCGGACAUUAGGUGACAACACGGCCGGGCGAUGUCGCAGACGGAGUUUCAUGCCCCCUAGUUUCUUUGAAGAUGACACUGUGGACUUCGCUGAUGAUCUGGACACUUCAUUCUUCACCAGAGAGGGCCUGCAUGAUGAGUUGUCCACCUACGCAGACGAAGUGUUCGAGACGGCGUCGGAGGCCGACCUCAAACAGCUGGACGAGAGCGAGCUCACAGGAAGUGCACUGGACAAGAACGAAUUGGAAAGGAGUCACCUCAUGCUGCCCUUAGAGCGAGGAUGGCGGAAGGCAAAAGACGGCUCUCUGGUCCAACCUAAGGUGCGACUGAAACAGGAAGUGGUGAGCGUCAACAGCCAUCAGGAGCGGGGACAGAGGAUCGUGGUUCCCGUUAAGAAGCUGUUUGCCAAAGAGAAGAGGCCCUACGGCCUCGGCAUGGUCGGCCGUCUCACAAACCGGACGUACCGCAAGCGCAUCGACAGCUUCGUCAAAAGGCAGAUUGAGGACAUGGACGACCACAGGCCUUUUUUUACCUACUGGAUCACAUGUGUCCAUUUGCUCAUCACCAUUCUGGCCGUCACCAUCUACGGCAUCGCCCCCGUGGGCUUCUCUCAGCACGAAACUGUCGACUCGGUGUUGAGGAACAAAGGAGUUUAUGAAAACGUUAAGUUUGUGCAACAACAAAACUUCUGGGUUGGUCCAAGCUCAGAAGCGCUGAUCCACCUGGGAGCCAAGUUUUCCCCGUGCAUGCGCCAAGACCAAGAGAUCCACAGACUGAUCCAGGAGAAGAGAGCGAAGGAGAGAGAGUCCGGCUGCUGCGUGAGGAACGAUCGCUCCGGCUGCCUGCAGACUCUCCAGGAGGAGUGUUCGAGCACCCUGGCAGUGUGGGUGAAGUGGCCUCAGCACCACAGUGCUCCCCAUCUGAACGGUACACUACGCCAACAUGGUGCAGUCUGCCAUCAGGACCCCAGGAUUUGUCUGGAGCCAGCCUCAGUCUCUCCUCAUGAGUGGCCUGAUGACAUCACCAAGUGGCCAGUUUGUACACGGUACAACUCUGGAAAUCACACCAACCUCCCCCACAUAGACUGCACCAUCACAGGCCGGCCCUGCUGCAUCGGAACCAAGGGACGAUGUGAAAUCACUUCAAGAGAGUACUGUGACUUCAUGCAUGGCUACUUCCACGAAGAGGCUACUCUCUGCUCACAGGUGGCUUGUAUGGAUGAUGUGUGCGGUUUGCUGCCUUUUCUCAACCCGGAGAUCCCAGACCAGUUCUCCAGACUCUGGCUGUCUCUCUUUCUUCAUGCUGGGAUCCUGCACUGCCUGGUGUCAGUGUUUUUCCAGAUGACGGUGCUGAGGGACAUAGAAAAGCUGGCUGGCUGGCUGAGAAUCUCCAUCGUAUACAUGCUCAGCGGCAUCACCGGCAACUUAGCCUCAGCCAUCUUCCUGCCCUACAGAGCGGAGGUGGGUCCUGCAGGCAGCCAGUUCGGUAUCCUGGCCUGCCUGUUUGUGGAGCUGUUCCAGAGCUGGCAGAUCCUGGAGCGACCGUGGCGGGCUUUUGCAAAGCUGCUGGGCAUCUCCGUCUUCUUCUUCUCCUUUGGUUUGCUUCCCUGGAUCGACAACUUUGCCCACGUCUGCGGUUUCGUUUCAGGAUUCUUCCUGUCCUUCGCCUUCCUGCCGUACAUCAGCUUUGGGCCGUCCGACAUGUACCGGAAGCGUGUCCAGAUCUGCGUCUUCCUGCUGGUCUUCCUGGGUCUGCUCUCCGCCCUGGCCGUCCUCUUCUACGUCUACCCCGUGAAGUGUGAGUGGUGCGAGUACCUCACCUGCAUCCCGAUCACGGACAAGUUUUGUGAGAAGUACGACCUGAACGCACACCUUCUGAACUAAACAUCAGCCCGUCACCUGGACGUGCACCGACGCUGGACUGGAGGCCGAUGAAGCAGAAAGGUGGAGCUGCAGUGCAACUUGUGACAUUUCUCCUGGAAUAAUGACCAGUAUUUCAGGAUAUCAUGUGGAUGUAUUUGUUUCACUGUUUGGAAAGGUGCAACAUCACCAUUAUGAAUCAAAGGCUAUGCAUGAAAGCCUUCAGGCAUUUAAGAAAAAAUAUCCACAUGCAUGGGAGCAAAACUAUUAACGAAACAGUUGCCUGAAAAGGAUUAACGAUUUAUUUGUGUGUGACUGAUCUCUAGCUGGGCUAAUUUAAGACCAGCCACACAGGAGGAGAGUUACAAAAACUAUUGUUUCCUGCCAAAUUAUUUACCACUUCUCUGUGAUAAAAAUGGACUCAACAGCACCGCUUAGUGGCCAAAAGGAACAAUACAACCUGAGACACUUAAAGGAUGAGCGGAAGAUUUUUGUUUUGUACUUUUUUACUGAUGUCCAAGCGGUUUUGUCCAUUUACUGGAUGUCCAUUGAGUUAAAACUCACCCAAGAAAUAAGACUCUAAAAUGUGCCUUAUUGACACAAAACCACACACACACACACACACACACACAUACACACUUUUUGUGCCAUGUGUCAGUUUGUAUCAUCAUCACACCAUCUGCCAGACUCAUGUAAAAUUGAGUCAUGUAAAAUUUUCACUUUUUUUUUUUUAAACCACACUGGAAACCAUUGUUUCCGCCACAGCCUUUAACACACUCCAAUCACAAAUUAAUUGUUUUUUUUAUAGUGUUAAAUUUGUAAAGAAGACACUUGUGUUAAUCUGCUCCAUUGUGAAUAGCUGUUACUGAGGUGAAAUUGUGUUUUAUAUUCAAUGUGGUGGCGUUUUAGCUGCCAGAUAAUAAACACAACAGACACAGUCUA